AUGUCGUCUCGAACUCGGCACUCGACAGCGAGACCGUCGGCCAGUCGCCAGUCCGUGGCAUCUACUCCAAACCGUACCAACAGCAGUAAUCGCAAUGCCGACCUCCUGCCAGAGUACAAGAAGCCGUCUCACCCCCUCGAUGCAGAAGCGACACGAGAACUGCGCAGCCUACAAGGGCGUAAUAUGAACGAUAUCAAAAGGCAUAACAAACAAGCCACCGAGCACAUCACCAAUGCUGCAGCCAGUGUCAAUGACAUGCUGCGCGAACACGCUGAGUACAUAAGCCGGCGACAGAAGAAAUGGGACGCAGGCAAGAGUCUGGACGACAAAGAAGAUGAAGAGCGCGUCAUGGCAGAACUGCAGGCGAACGUAGACGAGGCGACUAUAAAGCUCGAGGAAAGCAUGCGAGCAGUCAUCGACUCGGAGAUCGCAGCGCAGCGCAUCGAGGAAGCCCUGGAAUGGUUGAGGAGUAAUGCGCCUGCGCGACUGGCAGAAGAGUAUGAGACUCAGAUGACGCAGCGCGAAAAUCAGCGACAAACCCAGACCCAAGCAGCGAGUCAGCGGGCACACGCACGAGACAGGGACGAUGAUGAGAUGGAUGAUGGACCAACACCUGGACCUACUCCUCUUGACGGUUCUCGUGUAGCCCUCACCGGUGCGAGCGAGCUGUUUGCAGCGCGCAUACAGCGCGAAAAGGACGCCUACACAGCGCGCUCGCACACAAGCCGCUACGCCCGUAACAACGACUACCGCGACUUCAAGCGUACGGUGCACGACGCGAAAUUCGGCGACGACGGCCCCGUAUUGGGACAUGAAGACACAUGGUUCACCGAGUCCGGAUCGCCAGCGCCUGGCAUUACGGACACCACACAACGGGGAGAGUUUGAUGAUGAUGAUGACAUUGUAGUCGACAGGGCUACAGUCAGCACGAGGUGUCCCAUCACGUAUCAGCAGUUCAAGGAGCCAUAUUCGAGUAACAAGUGUCCUCACACAUUCGAGAAGAAUGCCAUCCUCGAUAUGAUCCGAAAGGGCCCUCACAGAGUGGACGGCCAAAAAGCUGUGGAAUGUCCCGUCAAUGGGUGCGACAAAAUGCUCACCGCAAACGACGUUCGCACCGACCCUAUCCUCGUACGCAGGAUCAAACGCAUGCAGCAAGCUGAACUUGAAGGUGACAGUUCAGACGAUGAUGUGAAGGCUCCUCGUCGGGAAAUCCAGAAAAUCGACGGUAGCGACGAUGACAUGCCUGAUGCGAGCUCAAAUCUACAGGCUCCCAGAACUCGACAACCAACACAAUCAAGCAAUAUUGAGGAUCUCGGAGACCCGAGUGACAGUGAGAUGUCAACUUAG